GUCCGAGAUCCAGAUAUGACUGCGCUGCUUUACAAGCUCCAGCGCUUGGAGCAGCUGUCGGCCGCUGCAUGUUUAAGUACACGCAUGUUUUGGAAAAAAAUAAACACAUUUGGAGCUCUUGGGGUCCCGAAAAACGGAGGAAUAGUCCGUGCGGAGGAGGAGUAUAAAUUCGGCGGAGCUGCGGAAGCCGGUCCUCUUUCUAGCCUCCUGUUCAAGAUGACCAAGAAGCGAAGGAACAACGGCCGUGCCAAGAAGGGCCGUGGGCACGUCCAGCCCAUCCGCUGCACCAACUGCGCCCGCUGCGUGCCCAAGGACAAGGCCAUCAAGAAGUUCGUCAUCCGGAACAUCGUGGAGGCGGCGGCCGUCAGGGACAUCUCCGAGGCCAGCGUCUUCGACUCCUACGUCCUGCCCAAGCUGUACGUCAAGCUGCAUUACUGCGUGAGCUGUGCCAUCCACAGCAAGGUGGUGAGGAACCGCUCCCGAGAGGCCAGGAAGGACCGCACCCCGCCGCCCCGCUUCAGACCCGGCGGUGGUGCCCCGAGAGCUCCUCCCAAGCCCAUGUGAUGUGGAUGAGCAUGAAGAUCCUGUAAAUUUCUACAUUAAAAUAAAGACUCCAAAAGUCUGAA